CGCCGCCGGAGCAUCGCCUCCGAACGAAGUGUUGGGAUCGAGAAGCCAGUGUCAAUAAUAACGAAUUUCCGAGCUGGUCUUUUUUCCGCUAUUUAACCUCCUUCACUCGCUCUGUCCACGCCCCCCUUGCGACGGAGAGGAGGAGGAUAAGUGAGGAUCAUUAGGAAGCGAGAAAAGGCUGAGAAAGAGGCGAGAAAUCGGCGUGAUAGCAGCGAGAAAGAGCGGAGUGCGGAGGACGCGUGAAACACACACGCGAGGGAGAGAAAUGCCCAGCAAAUGACACAGUCGACAGGCAAGAUGGACAGUAGCAUGUAUUACCAGUACAACCGAUUUGCUGACAAGAGCAAAUCGGAGCAUGAAGGCUAUGCAACAGCUCCUCCAGUAACGAACACAGUGCAGAAUUCAAGUCAAUUUGGCAAAUUUGGGGGGACCACAAUGCAGAGGCAAUUGCAGUAUCAAGGUUCGUACAAUUCGAUGGACACCCAUGACUCCAGUCAGUCCAACAAAUUUGGAAAUACAUCCCAGAGGCCACAGCAGUAUAGUGAGUCUGGUGAUGCCAGCAAAACAGAUGCAUCCCAGACAGAGAGGUAUGGAAGUGGAUCUCAGAAGCAAGGACAGUAUGAUACAUCAUAUGAAAUGAUGGACAUGCAGAAUUCAAAUAGGUAUGGGACUGGCUAUGGAAACCCGUACAUGAUGGGCGGCUACUACGACGACUAUGGGCAUUCAGGGUAUUAUAGUGACUACGGGAUGUACAGUGGCUAUGGCUAUUCACAUCCAUCUGAAAGGUAUGGAGAGAUGGAUUACUAUGGUUCAGGUAUGCAGGAAGGUUAUGGAAGCUCCAGUCAGUCUGGGAACUAUGGAACUGGGACUCAGUCAAAUAAUAAGUUUGGCACUAAGGACCAGUCUGAGGAAUAUGGAAGUUAUAUGACUAAUAGGUUUACAAAUAAAACCCAAAGUGAGAACUAUGGAACCCCGCCUCCCCCACCAGGCAACAGAUUUGGAAGUAAAGACCAGCCAAACAACUACGAGCCCCCCCCACCACCCCCACCAAACCGGUUUGGGAAUAAAGAUCAGCCAAGUAACUAUGGGACUCCACCUCCACCGCCAAACCGCUUUGGCAACAAGGACAUACCUAAUUUGUACGGAACUCCACCGCCUCCACCCAGCCGGUUUGGGAACAAGGAACAGUCAAGCAACUAUGGAACACAGCCACCUCCGCCUGGCCGCUUUGGGAAUAAGGACCAAGUGGACAACUAUGGAACUCCUCCACCUCCCCCACCAGUGCGCUUUGGAGGCAAGGAUCCACCUAACAAGUAUGACCAGCCGCCCCCUCCUCCACCAAGUCGCUUUGGUAGCAAGGACCAACCAAACAAUUACUCAAACCCUCCUCCUCCCCCAGGCAGAUUUGGGAACAAAGAUCAGGGAGACAGCUUUGGAAAAUCCAAUGUUGCAGGCCGAUUUGGAAAUAAUGACAAUGACAAUAGUGGAUAUGGAACCCCACCUUUAGGCAACAGAUAUGGAGGCAAAGACAUGCCAAACAGGUUUGGAGGUAAUGACCAGGGAGAGGGCUACUCAAGCUCCUAUCCACACAACCGCUUUGGGAAUCCAGAGUACUCAGACAACUACAGCAAAUCAAACCAAGGGAACAGGCCUGGUAAUUCUGGCCCUUCAAACAAGUUUGGAAACUCGGACCAGAUGAACAGAUUUAAUAAUGAGGAUCCCCCAGAAAACUAUGGGGGAAACCAAGGCUACUGUAACCGAUAUGGUGGUGGAAAUGACUGUGAUGACUACAGGAACUCAGACCAGAUGGACAGGUUUGGAAAGCCGCCUCAGCAUAGCAAAUCCAACAUGCCCAACUCAUCAAAUGGACCCAACACAUCGCAGAGCUUACUUGGAACACCAAAUAUGAACCAGCAAAAUAAUUUUGGAAACAACACAAACAAGCAGCAGCAACAACAACAGAAGCAGCAGCAGCAACAACAGCAGCUUAACAAACCAACACAGAGCUUACUGGGUUUCCCAAAUUCAGGAAAACAAAACUCAAUGGGAAACACAGGGCAGAAGUUCAACCCUGCUCCAGGGCUCUUAAACCUACCAGGCAGCAACCAGAUGAACAAAUUUGGGAAUAAGCAGCAGCAGCCAUUUGGCAUAAUGCCAAGUCUGUUAGGAUUUCCUGAUGCAGAUAUGUUUAACAAAUUCACAAGUGCCAUGCAGAAGAUGGCACAGGCUCAGUUCAACACCGCAGGUGGCUUGUUGCCGCCCCCGGACAUGGCCAAUCGAGGUGGUGGAAAGACUGCAGAGAUUGCCCCUCCAGCCAGCAUGGCCCCUUGUAAGGAGCCUGAGCGCUUUAAUGAAGUCCCCAAGAAACCAGUGUCCACAACCAAGAAGCAACUUUCACAGCAAGGUCCACCUAGGAACCCUACACAGCAGGGUAUGCUGCCUGUGAGGGGUCUUCAAGCACAGCUUCAGAGCCUUCAGGCACAAAUCCAAAGUAGGGGCCCAACUUUAGGAAUGGCUGAAGAGCCAGGGAAGAACACAGUGCACUUUGACCUCCUAACUGGGAAGAUGAUUGGCCAGAAGCCACCCCCAAUGACCUUCCAAAGGGGGGGUAAGGGAGGACCACCCCAGGGACGUUUCAGCAAGCGGGCUGGACUUGGCAUGAAGUCAGCCAUGCAUGAGGGCCACUAUGGCAAGGGAUUCAAGGGACAGAAGCAGAUGAACAAGAUGGCGAUGAAGAUGGGGAAGAACAAAGGGUCAAAUGAGUAAGGCACAAAUGAACAAGGCCAUGAAGCAAGGCCAGUUCAAUAAAGGCAACACAAAGAUGGGUCAGAAGAUGGGACAGUAUAACCAGUCAAUGGCAUUCCAGAACCCAUGGGCCAAAAAGGGCCAGUUGCAUGCCACCGCUCCAAUCACGUCCCUGUUUGGCAUGAAGAUGAUGCGGAAGAUGGGCUGGACCCCCGGCGAAGGUCUCGGCAAAAACAGGAAGGGGACGCUUGAGCCGCUGCUGGUCGACGUCAAGACAGAUAGGAGAGGAUUGCAUGCCAAGCAGGAGUCCGCACCAAAGAGGGCAGCUGCACCCAAACUCAAGGAAUUUGAUGGGAAACAUCCUGUAUCGGCACUGAUUGAGCUGUGCACAAAGCGUGAGUGGCCGCCACCGGAGUUCGACAUGAUCUACGACUGUGGACCAGACCACAAGAAGAACUUCCUCAUGAAGGUGAUAGUAAACGGCCACGAGUUCCGGCCCUCAGUAGCAGCAUCAUCCAAGAAGCUGGCCAAGGCAAAUGCAGCUGCUGCCUGUCUUGGGUCCAUCAAGGAUCUAUUUCCUGACCCUCCAGAACCCAAGGCAACAGGCGAUGAGGGGGCCAAGAGUGCCCCACAAGCUGGUGAGACCGAGGCCAAGGCAUAGAACGGCUGCAUUGCGAUGAGAGGGGGAGUAGUAGGAGGAAGAAGACGGUACAAAGAAGGAUAAGGAGAUAGGUGUAAAAAGGAAAAGGGAGGAGUAGAGGAAGUAGAAAAGAAUACAUUACAGGGAGAUAAAGAAAGAGAACAGAGACAAGGAAAAGAUGAAGGAAAAGGAAGGAGGAAGGACAACUGGAAGUAGAGAAGCAGAUGCAAGGCAGAAGAAGAAAAAAGGAAGGAGAAGUAGGAGCAGAAGAUAAAAGAGGAGAAGGAAGAAGAAGAAGAGGACAAAGACUGGAAAGAAAUAGAAGUGAAAAGGAUAUGAGGAGGAAGAGCAACAUAGGAAAGAAGAAAAAGUGUGAAGGGAAAGAGGAAAAGAAAGAUUGAAGAGGAGGAAAUAGGAGACAGACAAAGAGGAAAAUGAAAAGCAAAACCAGCAGCCGUGAUUUGUGUCCCCGAGAGUGACAUUUAUUUUUAUAUUUUUCCAGUUAUGUUCCUUUUAUGCUCUCGAAAUAGGACAAACAUUCUCUCUUUUUUUUCUCUAUGGAGAUGAUCACAGUGAUCUCUGAUUUUGCUUUCCACUCUCUCUCCCAAGGUUGUCAUUUUUUUGUUAUUUAUAUUGUUAGAAGUAUAUAGUAUAUACUACUACUGUUGCUGGAAUGACAAGAAUACAUGCCAUGCCCCUUGUAGCUUUUUGUUCAUUGAUUAUCUUCACAUAUAGAUGGCUCCACAGGUCAUUAAUCACCAAAAAAUCAGUUCCUAGUCCUUCCUAGCUUAUUUGUUUACCCAUUUUCCUUUAUUUUUAUUAUUAUUUUUUUAAAUUUAUAUUUAUUUUUAUUGAUAAUAAAAUUCAAAUCACAAUGUCAAUAACAAUACUAAUCUAAACAUUAUGAAGAGCAUUAGAAAAAAAAAAAUCCUAAAAAAAUCGUAAGGGAAAUGUGCUGACGACAUGUAAGGUUACUAAUUGGCACUGUGGUGGCUGUGUAAGUGGCACUGUGGUGGCUGUGGAGCUGUGUAAGUGCAAACAGAAUUCAUACAAAAAAACUACAAUUUACAGUGAGAUUAUCCAACAACAAUGGGUAAAAAUUAUUAUUAUUAUUAUUAUUAUUAUUAUUAUAUAUUUACUUUGUUUAUUCUUCAAUUGAUUUUCCAAUUUUAAUUUUCAUCACACAAUGUCAGCCAAUUUUUCUAUUAUAUUUUAAGAAAACAAUUGCUGUAGACCAAGUGAUGGAGAGAAUGUUUGAAAAGUCUCAAACCAAUAAACAAACAAACAAAACACAAAACAAACAGUCUCCCCUUUUUAAUAUUCAGAUUUUAUUUUUCUUCUUUUUUUAGUUAUUAGUCUAAAGUUAGAUGUUAGAUCUAAUUUGUGGAGUUUGUUAGAUGUAGUUUUAGUGAUGAUUUGACAUGUGGUGUAAGUCUGUUUGUCUCUCUCUCUCUCUCUCUCUCUCUCUCUCUCUCUCUCUCUCUCUCUCUCUCUCUCUCUCUCUCUCUCUCUCUCUUCUCUC